AUGGCUCGUACUAAACAAACUGCUCGUAAGUCCACUGGUGGUAAGGCUCCCCGUAAGCAAUUGGCUACUAAGGCCGCCCGUAAGUCUGCUCCCUCUACUGGUGGUGUCAAGAAGCCUCAUCGUUACAGACCUGGUACUGUCGCUCUUCGUGAAAUCCGUCGUUACCAAAAGUCCACUGAAUUGUUGAUCCGUAAGCUUCCUUUCCAACGUCUCGUCCGUGAAAUCGCUCAAGACUUCAAGACCGAUUUGCGUUUCCAAUCUUCUGCCAUUGGUGCUCUUCAAGAAGCCUCUGAAGCUUAUCUCGUCUCCCUCUUUGAAGAUACCAACUUGGCUGCUAUCCACGCUAAGCGUGUCACUAUUCAACCCAAGGAUAUCCAAUUGGCUCGUCGUCUUCGUGGUGAACGUUCUUAA